AUUUUUCAAACCCUCUCUCUCUCCUCCUCCUCCCUCUCUCUCUCUCUAUCACGUUGUUCACCAUACACGGUUGAGCUCCGACCGCUCUCGAAAUGGGGAAGAAAGAAGAGAGGGAUCACACAACAGUGAACGACAAAAUUGAAACCGUUCUUCAUCUCCUCCAUAAACAAUCUCCCCUCACUCUUAAACAGGAGAAGUUCUGCAACAGAGAAUGCGUGGAGAGGUUCUUGAGGGCCAAAGGAGACAAUGCGAAGAAAGCAGCUACAAUGUUGAGAGCUUGCCUUUCAUGGAGGUCCUCUCUUGGCGUUGAUGGUCUGAUCGCUGACGAGUUCAUGGCGGAGCUCACCGAGGGUUUGGCCUACGUAGCUGGCUACGACGACGAGUUCAGACCCGUUUUGAUUUUCCGCGUCAAACAAGACUAUCAGAAGCUGCACUCGCAGAAACUGCUGACUCGUCUAGUGGUGUUUACAUUGGAGGUGGCGAUCUCAACCAUGUCCAAGAAAGCCGAACAAUUCGUUAUCCUAUUCGACGCAAGCUUCUUCAGAUCGGCAUCAUCCUUCAUGAACAUGCUCGUCUCCACGCUGAAAACAGUAGCAGAGAACUAUCCAUGCCGCCUCCACAGAGCUUUUGUCAUUGACCCCCCUUCACUUUUUUCUUAUCUUUGGAAGGGUGUUCGAUCCUUUGUGGAACUAUCGACGGUCACGAUGGUCGUGUCAUCGUUAGAUUAUCAAGACUCGUUUCACUACGACUGCGACCACUUCUCCUCGUGCCCAUCACGAGUCUCGUCCCUCCGAUUUGACACGUCAUCGAUAAAAUCAAUGGACAAGAUCGGCCCAUGCUCUUCCUCUAGGUUCGCCUUCACCGUAUCCCACCGCGGCCUCGACGCACUCAAGCCGUGGCGCCUCACUCUGACCGACACGUCAGCAUCCAAGCUGGGGCCCGACAGCGCAUACAUUUCGCCGCUCAACGCGCGUUCGUUCUCCUUUGCGUCACCGGCGGCUACAUGCGAGCCACGUGGCGGGCGGAGGGGCUUCUUCACGGCCUCCACGCCGAUGCCGGCGAGGACGACUGAUCGUCACUUUAUCGGAACCCUUCGUUACCCGCGGACGCCGCGCCCGUCGUUCUUCCAGUCUCCGGCGGUUUUCUUCAGGCGGGACUGCCGCGUAAGCAAGGCCGAGAAGCCACGAGAGUCGUUCGUUCCGUUCGUCAAGUUUUAUCGUAGACCGUACGAUGAGAUGACUUACAGGUCAAAGAUGCGGCCCCCGCUCGGUGGACUUGUUUCCAUCGUCUGUCCGCAAAUCAGAAGACGCCACGUGUCAUUAUCUCAACGUUUCUAAGACCAACAAGAGUACAUAGGGUUUUAAGUGUUGUUACUAUUCUCGUUCUCUACUAUUUGACACAUUUCCUAAAAGUUUGUCCAAUAAUCAUUUUGAUCGUUUCAUUA